UCCGGGUCAGAGGUCCCACGGCCCGGCGUUUCGUGAGCGAUGGUCCAGCUCCGGCCUCGCGCGUCCCGGGUGCCCGCGACGGCGGGGGCGAUGGUGGACGAAGACCCGCCGUCCUCGGAGGAGGAGGAGGAGGCCGAGCACGGCCUGCUGCUCGGGCAGCCCAGCAGCGGCGCGGCCGCGGAGCCGCUGGAAGAAGACGGGGACGAGUCUGACGACGAGGCCCCCGAGGAGCUGACGUUCGCCAGCGCCCAGGCGGAGGCGCGGGCGUCGGAGCGGCGAGUGCGCGAGACCGUGCUGAGGGACAAAACGCUCCAGAAGGAGAAGAGGAAGCGACGCGAGGAGCUGUUCAUCGAACAGAAGAAAAGAAAACUCCUUCCAGACACUGUUCUAGAGCAGUUAACAUCUUCAGAGCCUGACAUCAAGAAGUCACCAGGAAAGUCGAAAGAAGGUAAUUUGGAAAAGAAAACUGAAGGCUGUAAAAAAGGAAGCAAUGCCAAGAAAGUUAAAGUACAAAAAGUACGGUCUCUCAGCCAGACUAAGAGCUACGUGGCACUGAGGCUAAAAGACCAAGAUCUGAAAGAUUCAAGGCAACAAGCAGCCCAAGCCUUCAUACAGAAUUCUCUGUAUGGUCCAGGAACCAACAGAACUACUGUAAAUAAGUUCCUGUCACUGAACAACAAGAGGUUACCAGUGAAAAAGGCUGCAGCUCAGUUUCUGAAUAAUUCUUGGGGAACCCAGAAAAAACAAAAUGCCAAGAGGUUCAAACAACGGUGGAUGGUCAAAAAGAUGAAAACUUCUAAAUAAAUCUAAGCUAAAGCUAAAUGAACAAUCUGUAGUCUGUAUGUUUAAAAGUUAAUAGUGAUAAUAAAAACCAUGAACUGGG